GAGAAACAAAGACAUAGACUUCACAUUCUCUCAAGUCCUUAUAAGAAAGAGAUUUAAAGAAUUCAUGGAGACACCAACACUUAUGAAGCUGGGUAAUGGUUUGUCAAUACCAAGUGUUCAGGAAUUAGCUGAACUCACGUUUGCAGAAGUUCCAUCUCGAUACGUAUGCACCAACGAUGAAAAUCUGCUGUUGAUGACUAUGGGUGCAUCUGAAAUAGAUGAUGAAACAGUUCCUGUCAUCGAUUUGCAAAAUUUACUAUCUCCAGAACCAGCAAUUGGAAAGUCAGAAUUGGAUAGGCUUCAUUAUUCUUGCAAAGAAUGGGGUUUCUUUCAGUUGGUAAACCAUGGAGUCGACGCUUUAUUGGUAGACAAUGUAAAAUCAGAAAUUCAUAGUUUCUUUAACCUUCCAUUGAAUGAGAAAACCAAGUAUGGACAGAGAGAUGGAGAUGUUGAAGGAUUUGGACAAGCCUUUCUUGUAUCAGAGAACCAAAAACUUGACUGGGCAGACAUGUUUUUCAUCAACACUCUUCCACUCCAUUUAAGGAAGCCUCAUUUAUUUCCAAACCUCCCUCUGCCUCUCAGGGAGACAAUAGAAUCCUACUCAUCAGAGAUGAAAAAACUAUCUAUGGUUCUCUUUGAGAUGAUGGGAAAAGCUAUAGAAGUAAUUGAUAUUAAGGAGGCUAUAACAGAGAUGUUUGAAGAUGGGAUGCAAUCAAUGAGGAUGAAUUAUUAUCCUCCUUGUCCUCAACCAGAGCGUGUAAUUGGUAUUACGCCACACUCGGAUUUUGACGGUUUGACAAUCCUCCUUCAACUCAAUGAAGUUGAAGGAUUACAAAUAAGAAAAGAAGACAAGUGGAUUUCAAUCAAACCUCUACCAGACGCAUUCAUAGUGAAUGUUGGAGACAUUUGGGAGAUAAUGACCAAUGGAGUUCACCGCAGCGUCGAUCAUCGGGGAGUAAUAAAUUCAACAAAGGAAAGGCUCUCCAUCGCAACAUUUCAUAGCCCUAAACUAGAGUUGGAGAUAGGCCCGAUAUCAAGCUUGAUCAGACCAGAAACACCUGCUGUGUUCAAAAGUGCUGGUAGAUUUGAGGAUCUUUUGAAGGAAGGUCUUUCAAGGAAGCUCGAUGGAAAAUCAUUUCUUGACUGCAUGAGGAUGUGAGAAACUGAUGAUUAACACAACAAUCCGACAUGAUUUAUCGAAUAAUGAGAUAGUUGUUUUAGACGACACUGCUCUCUUUCUACCUGUAAUCUGUGACAUCAUCAGUAUAAAAGUGGAACGAUCGAGUAUUUUCAGAGCUCCAGCUAGUAAUUUCAUUUGCAAUGUAGUUCCUGUUUUUCCAAUAAAUUAAUUUUGGUACCCAGCAAAUAACAACUUAGUAUGGUACCCAAUAUUCUAAAA